CCCCUCACUCGCGUUCAGUAAACAACUGGACAGCAUCUCGUUGCCGUAAAACCCCAAUGCUGGACCCUCCUUUCGGACGAGCACCAUGACCUUCCCAUGGAGUUUUCUCUCGUUCACCCUAACCCUGGCCCUGAACACAGAUCGCGCACGCUCUGCUCCUGAUUUCUCUGUGUACCUCCACACAAUCCUGAGAAACCACACUGCCCACGCCUGUGACGGGGACAUCCUCUCUGUCAAGUGUCCUUCCAGAACCUCGGUGUCUGUCCUGUCAGCAUUCUACGGACGCCGAGUGCCGAGCAAGAACUUGUGUCCCCCUGCAAACACAAACAUGACCGAAGACAACACUCAAUGCACGUCCUACCUGGCCAUCCAGAAAGUGGUGUCAGAGUGUCAGGACAAGCGUUCCUGUCACAUACCGGUCAUCAGCGCCGUGUUUGGUCGAGAUCCCUGUCCAUUCACCAGCAAGUACCUCCUGGUGUCUUACAAGUGCCGCCCAGAGCACCACCGUACCAGGUUGGUAUGUGAAAACGAGAGACUGAGGCUGACGUGUAAGAACGACACUGUCCUUGCCAUCUACUCUGCUACGUUUGGCCACCUGCUGCAUGGGAGCCCCAACUGUCCUCAACAAACAGCACCGCAGCCUGACAUGGAGUGUCUGUCACCAUCUGCCAUGAGGAAGGUGUCACGCAGGUGUCAUGGUCGAGCCAACUGCUCAAUGCUUGCUGACACUACGAGCUUUGGGGACCCGUGCUUUCCGGGCACCAGGAAGCACCUGAGAGUAUCCUUCACAUGUGUCCCUCGAUAUCUGUUGGAAGAUGUCGUACGAAGCGGAUCCAUGUCGGACCCUUUCUUGAUCUCAGACUACACACACGGAGGCUGGUACACUGGCCCCGGCGUCGUCAGGCCUCAAAACGUGCUUUAUACCAACUCUCUGGAAAUCAUUGAGAAAAUACUGGGUCUUCCGGAGAGAGUGGCCCUCUACUUCGUGUCGGGGAUCUGCGCCGGCCUAAUCUUCCUGCUCUGUCUCUUCGGCCUGCGUUCCACCGUGGUGAGGGACGUGAAGAACCUGGUGACGGAGCUGGGGUACGAGCUCAAGGCGAGCCACCGACCCCGCCGAGAGGUCAUGGAGGACCAGUAUGAUGACGACGACACGUCGGACGCCUCUUCGUUUCGUCGCCUCACCCGGUCCUACCGCGAGGCGGACAUCUUUCGUCCAGCGGCCAUGACGGUGGAGAUGGUGGAGAGGGAGACGGAGGAAGAGAAUGAGAUGCCUAAGUUUGGGGACAUCUGGCCCAACAGGGACUCGAGUCCCUACGCCAUCCAUAAGAUUAUAGGAAAUAGAAUAGACUAGCCUUAAGAAAAGACUCAGAAUCUACUGGAACUGGGAUCGAUUGGAUGAGCUGAAAUCAUUAAGGAAUGCAGUGUGUGUGAGUCUGCGUGUGUGUGUGUGUAUAUGGGAAUUCCAUUUCAUACUAUAGCUACACACAAUAAAUGUCUGCAGUCUAAAUCUGUAGGGAUUAUAUUAAAUUCUAUACAAAAGCUUCAUAAAAUGAAGGCAUGUGUGUCUGUAUUUUGAGGGAUUUUGUUAAAUUCUAUUAAUACUCAAAAGAUUAUUAAGAAAGCUGAUAAGAAAAGGACAGAUGUAACAACAUACUGAUCCUGGACAUUAUUUCCUUCCUUAAUGUACAUAGUGUAUGUAGAGGUCUGUUCUGACAUGGUGACCUAAUCUCAAUAUAUUUAGAAGAGUAAAGCACAUACUGACAAGUAAUGACUGACAUUUUCUACAUCUCUCUCAGUCAGAUUGUGAUACCGACAUGUUACAAACAGACCACCAUAGCCUAUGUGCCAAUGAACACCAAUGCAACCCUCCAAAAUGACUCAUCCGUUGCCACCAGCGUUGGGUAGGUUACUUUUUAAAUGUAAUCUGUUACAGUUACAAAUUACCUGUCCACAUUUGUAAUCAGU